ACCUGUGAAGUUAGUCAGUCGCAAUUCGCAAGUGAUCGAGUUGUGUGUGUGUUUUUUAGUUUAGCAUUGUGAAAAGGUGUUUAAAAUGAGCGGCAGCAGCCUCGAAAUGGGGAUGCGAUGCAUCAAGUACAUGCUGCUGUGUAUUACAGCUAUGUUUGUGCUGACGUCAGCACUAAUCAUCUCUGUCGGCACCACGAUCUACGCCAUCUACUUCGACGUGUCCUACUUCCUGUCGGACCAGUUCUUCUCCCCGACCACCUUCGUCAUCGCCAUCGGGGUCAUCAUGCUGUUUGUGUCGCUGUUCGGAUGCAUCGGGGCGCUGAAGGAGAGCACUUGCUUGGUUAACUUGUUCGCAAUAAUCCUGAGCCUGGUGCUGGUCCUGGAGGUGGCGGCUGCCAUCGCGGCGUACAGCCUGCGCGCGCAGGUGGCGGGCGUGGUGGGGGGCAACCUGCGGGAGGCCAUGCCGCACUACUACGACAAUGUGGAUGUCAGGGACUCCUUCGACUUCGUGCAGAGCCGGCUAAGCUGCUGCGGCGUAGACAGCUACCUGGACUGGGGCGACGUCACCCCUAAAGACUCCACCACCUCAGGCAUCAUCGUCCAGAACAUCACGGUCCCCAACUCCUGCUGCGCGGAGUCUCGCUAUGUGGACAUGAACACGGCCGAGUGCGUCAGUCUGUACGCUAACGGGUGCCUGCCCCGGGUGAUCUAUCUGGUGUACCAGAGCGCAGGGCUUCUUGGCACUGGAGCUAUGACUUUCGCUUUUAUUCAGAUAAUCGGCAUAAUCUUCUCAUUCUCGCUGGCUAAAGGCAUCCGUAAGGCCAAGUCUGAGCGCGAGCGCCGCCGCUGGGAGAUCCAGGAGCGCAUGAUUAGCGCACACACCUCCCUCGACCCGCAUGACGAGAAAAAGGCUCCCGUCAUGUACGUGCCCUUCCACGGACAGACCCUGGCUUAGAAGCUUCUA